CCCCAAAGUUUUGAGACCUAGUUUUGUCACCGCGGAAUCAGGAUGCCGGAUCGAGUACUGGUCGACAUAAAUGACAAAGAUUGGAUCUUGAUGCGGCCAAAAUGAGGCAGCGAUCUUUGGCGUGCCUCGGGAGCGCUCAAGGACGCGCCUUUAAUGACCGGGGCGAGCCUUUGGUAGCGAGCUGGAAAGGCGAAGCCUCCAACCCCUAUCAUAGUUCAUGGUCGUUCAACAGCAACUCUUUUACUGCUACCACUAGGCCACUGGCUCGUGGGGGGAGAGAGAGAGAGAGAGGAUGGCAGCUGUCGGUUGGAGACGAGAUCACCGCCUGUCAAGAGCGAUCGCUUUCUGUAGCUCUGAGCGGGCUAUCGACAAGCCUGUCCGGUUCGUUUUCCGCGACUGCGAUCCAUAAAAAGCACCAUUAUUGCAGACGAGAAAGGGAAUGGAAUACAAAAGCCCAUCUUUACUAGUAUUCUUAAACCACGGUACAGCAGCGGGCUCAGGAGACUGAAUUACCUUUGGUGAAUCUUAUGCUUAUGGUCCUUAAAAUGGCGCGAAGAGCUUUCUAAAUGGUGUUUGGUUCUGCUUCUGGGCAGCAAUCUGAUUAAACAUGCUGAGCUUUGACAAGGGAGAAGAUAACUUCUUUGACGCAUAUGAUGAGAUCAGGACUUCCAUAGAUUCCUCAUCAUCUGAGAACUCUUUUGUUGCAUCUCAAGAAUUGGAGCUACGGACACUGGAAUAUGAAUUAUGGACAAGGGAGCCAAUGAGUGUUCAGGAUAGGCGAAAAAGGUUCUUUAGAGGAAUGGGUUUUGAUGAAAUUGCGCCAUCUCCCAUAGUCUGUUCUGUGGAUUCAGUUGGCUGCUCUAUGUGUACUGAAGAGUCGACAGUGGAUUUAUCAGUAAAUCAGAGGGACAUGGAAAGAAUUAUGGAAAGCAGUGGUCCUGUCUCGAAUGGUAUGUCAUCUCCUGAUGUUGAAGCAUCUGAAGACUCUUUAUGUUGUAUAAGAGAUCUCGAUAGCGGUAGGAAAUUUGUUGUUCAUGAGCUUGGGCAAGAUGGUUUACCUAGCACGUUGAAAGAAGUUGGCUCGGGCAAGUUGAUAACGCUGCAUGAGUUUGAAGAUUUACUUGGCCUCUCAUGGUCUGCUCAGAAGUUAUUACGCCGAGAGGCUGCCGCUUCUGGUGAAAAGACUGUCUGCAGUCUUGAUCCAAAGAAAAACAAAUAUUUAAACUGGUGGAGAAGUUUCAGAAAGAGGAGGCAGUGUGUGGGAGCAAGCAAUUAUGAUAUUUCUGUUAAAAAGUCCAAACUAACCAGGUUGAUAGGAACAAGAGUUCAUCGAUAUAGAAAAAGUUGCAAGGAUUUGACUGCACUAUACAUGGGUCAAGAAAUUCAAGCACACAAGGGUUUGAUUAGGACCAUGAAAUUUAGUCCAACUGGGAGGUACCUGGCAAGUGGUGGUGAAGAUUGUGUCGUAUGUAUUUGGCAGAUUAUUCAAGUUGAAAGUUCUUGCACAUGUGUUGCUCCAGAAGGAUCAUCCACAUUUGUUGGUAAAAUCAAAGACACCAAGCUGGUUCCUGGAAAAGAUAGCAAUUUGGCUCCUGUUCUUAUUCCAAAAAAGAUUUUUAAGAUUGAGGAAACUCCUUUGCAAGAACUGAGGGGGCACACAAAUGAUAUCUUGGACAUAUCUUGGUCCAAAUCCAAUUAUCUGCUGACCUCAUCUAAAGAUAAAACUGUACGCCUGUGGAAAGUUGGUUGCGACGGAUGCCUUAAGAUUUUCCAACACAAGGAUUAUGUGACAUGCAUUCAGUUCAACCCUAUUGAGGACAGAUUCUUUAUUAGCGGUUCAAUUGAUGGAAAAGUUCGCAUUUGGGAAAUUCCGGAGAAUCGAGUGACUGAUUGGGUUGAUACAAAGGACAUCGUAACUGCUAUUUGUUACCAGCCAGAUGGAAAGGGAUUUGUUGUUGGUUCUAUUAAAGGGGACUGCCGCUUUUACGGUUGCUCAGCUAAAAUGAUUCAACUUGACCUGCAAUUAAGUCUCUGCAGUAAAAAAAAGUCUUCUGGCAAGCGAAUUACUGGGUUGCAGUUUUGCCCAGAAGAUUCUAGAAGAAUUAUGAUCACAUCAGCAGAUUCUAGAAUUCGGAUAUGUGAUGGGGUUGAUGUCAUCCUCAAAUUCAAAGGACACAGGAAAGCCAAAAGUCAAUUGUCUGCAUCAUUCAGUUCAGAUGGAAGACACAUUAUAUCUGUGGGUGAGGACUCCAAUGUCUAUAUCUGGAACUACAAUGGAUCAGGCAACCUACCAUGCAUAGGUGCCAAGUCAAUUCAUUCAUCUGAGUUCUUUUUCUCCAGAGGAGUAUCUGUUGCGGUGCCAUGGCCUGGCGUGGGCUAUAGAGAAACUGAUGUUGGCAACAACACUCAGAUUUCCUCUCUGCCACACAAAAUUUUGGAACCAUUCCCUUGGUUAAAGAAUUCAGAUUGCUUUUCUCUUGGGACAUGGCUGUUUUCUGAUAGUUCGUCAAAGAUGUCAGCUACAUGGCCUGAGGAGAAGCUCCCUUCGCAAACCAAGCCUAAAAUACAGCCUGAUCAUAGCUGUGGGCGUAGUAGCCAUCUCCAUCAUGAUUAUUGGAGCCUCGCUCAUAUGGCGGGCACAUGGAAUUUGGUGAUUGUAACUGCAGGAAGUGAUGGAACCAUCAGAUCGUUCCAUAACUAUGGAUUGCCUGUUCAAUUAUGAAGCGAGAAGAGACAAUGUGCCAUAACUAAUAACUGAAACUACAUUGGUGAUCUGAUACUUGCGCAUUAUGUGAUUAUUACAGAUAACUAAUUUACACCACAGACAUCUCUGGAAGAUCAGUUAUGGUUAUCUGACAUAUGCAUCUUAUGACAGCAUGGCCAUGAUCUAUCUGGUGCUUUGCUCAGGUAUACAGUUUUAGGAGUUGGUGGUAUACUGUAAAGCAUAUGGUUGCAAAGGCUCCGUGUUCUGAUGUUCCAUUUUUCAGACAGAACAGAGUGAAAUGAUCGGGAACAGCAAAGGACCUCGCUUUAUCCUUUGCCUUUUCCCUUGUUUCUAUGGAAAAAGAAAAAGAGGGGGUUGUCGAAUGGGGCAGCAAAACCAGCACAGUUUUGUUAUAGUCAGAAAUGUCUCCUUUGUUGCAAGUAACCACUUAUCUAUUUUUGGGAAUAACAGCUGAAUAUUAUUAGAUGGCUACGAUGUUCUUACAUUCAGAUCAAGGAUGUUGGUUUGCUUGUUCCAGGCAUCCACAAAUUUGUAUCUUUCGAAUUACUGGUGUUCUUCGUGAGACCAGCCAUUAACAUUGUUUUGGCUUGCUAAGCAGAUAUUCAAGACCGGUCACAAAGACCCUUCUCAUUGAACUUCAACUCGAUACAAGCUUAUGUUUAUACAGCUCUGCAACACAGUAAUGUAUCGUCUUCCCUUUCAUGAACAAAUUUGCAAUGGCAGAAGGAUGAUGCUGUGGUUAUCAAAUUCUCCGCAGAUGAGUCUCUAGGACGAUAUCGGGAAGCUUCAUUUUCCUUUAUGCCAACUAAAUAGCUGAUGCGGCAGGCAGUGCUUCUACUUCUUCAAGCGUGUAAAUAACAUGAAUUAUUAUGGAAACAGUCAAUUGAGUAUUUCAAUUUUGAUUGACAUUUCAAUUGACUUGUAGCCAAAUCUUAUCCGGCAAUCACGAUAUAAAGUUAACCUAACAAUGCGAUAGAAUAUCUUGUCAUUUUUGGUACGAUUGUUUGGCAGGAAAUGUUGUUCAUGUUAA